AUGCAGACAGAUAUUGAAAUACCCCAAGGACUGGUUGAAAUUCUUAUACAAUUUUCUAUUACUGUACUAAGAGAAAAACCAUCAGAUAUUAUAUCUUUUGCUGCAGUGUACUUUGGUAAUCUGGCUCAUUCUCAAGAUAAGUCCAGUGUUCAUAAAACUGUAUUAUUCAAAGAUAUUACUCCAGCUAAAAGGCUGAGUAUACCACAGAACACUAUUUUUUCUAAUAAAUCCUCUGAUAAUGAAAGUGUAUGUAGGUUUGAUGAACAAGCUUUUGAUACAUAUAAAACAUUGCAACACCGUCGACCUUGUGUUAUUGCUGAACGUUUUAACUCACAGGAUCUUCAAGAUGAUAAUAAUGAGGAAGACAAUGAUUUAAAUGAAUUCAUGGCUAAAUCAAAUGAACAAAAGACAUUGUUACUGAAUGUAUGUAAAAAGAAUGCCAUAUUUAAAUAUCGAGAUGAUGAAACUCUUAUGAAAGUGAUUGAUGUUAUGAAGUGUAGACAAGUGGUAUCAGGAGAAACAAUCGUUGAACAAGAUGAUGUUGCAGAUAAUUUCUAUAUCAUAGAAAAUGGUGUAUACGAUGCAUUUAAAAGUGAUAUUUAUGGAGAAGAAACCUGUGUUCAAACAUAUGAUAAUGAAGGCUCAUUUGGAGAAUUAACCCUGAUUUAUAAUACGCCUAGAUCAGCAACUGUAACUGCAAGAACCAGUGGUACAUUGUGGUAUAUAAAUAGGAAACAAUAUCUUAAACUUGUUUUAUCCUAUGCAUCUAAACAACGUUACAAAUUUCUUGAUCUCAUUCACUCUGUCAAAAUAUUUCAAGAACUUAGUCCAGAUGAACGUAUGAAUAUCGCUGACGCUUUACGUACACGAGAUUAUGAAAAUAAAGAUUGUAUAAUUAAACAAGGCGAUCCUGGUAAUGAAAUAUUUUUUAUACUGGAAGGAUCUGUUAUCAUCAAAAAACAAUUGAAUGAUGGAAAUGAAAUUGUACUUAAUGAGUUACAAAAAGGUAACUACUUUGGUGAACUUGCUUUAUUGACUAGAAAACCACGUGCAAUAUCUGUCUAUGCAAAAGGUAAAGUGACAAUCGCUUAUCUAGAUGCUGACAGUUUUGAGAGAUUACUUGGUCCAUGCAUUCAUGAAAUGCGUCGUAAUACAAGUACUUACAGUGAUAUUUCAGAUAUUUUAGGAGAAUCAUCUCCUAAUCAACAUUAUUAUACAAAGUAA